CGCGGCGGUCGAACGGCCGGUUCCGGCUGAAUGUCAGUGCGGAGCUGUGGGCCGGGGAGGAAGGUGGUUGGCGGUCCUUCUACCACCUCCGCCGCUGCCUCCUCCGCUUGUGCUGCCGCUGCGGGCGCUCGGUCGCUCGGCCGCUCGGGCAUGAGGCCGUGAGGCGGGCAACGGGUCGGGGCCGCCGACAUGUUUGGCCGCUCGCGGAGCUGGGUGGGCGGGGGCCACGGCAAGUCUUCCCGCAACAUCCACUCCUUGGACCACCUCAAGUAUCUGUACCACGUUUUGACCAAAAACACCACAGUCACAGAACAGAACCGGAACCUGCUAGUGGAGACCAUCCGUUCCAUCACUGAGAUCCUAAUUUGGGGAGAUCAAAAUGACAGCUCUGUAUUUGACUUCUUCUUGGAGAAGAACAUGUUUGUUUUCUUCUUGAACAUCCUGCGGCAGAAAUCAGGCCGCUACGUGUGCGUUCAGCUGCUGCAGACCUUGAACAUCCUCUUUGAGAAUAUCAGUCACGAGACCUCACUCUAUUAUUUGCUCUCUAAUAACUAUGUAAAUUCUAUCAUUGUCCAUAAGUUUGACUUUUCCGAUGAGGAGAUUAUGGCAUAUUAUAUAUCAUUCCUGAAAACACUUUCGUUAAAACUCAACAACCACACCGUCCAUUUCUUUUACAACGAGCACACUAACGACUUUGCCCUGUACACAGAAGCCAUCAAAUUUUUCAACCACCCCGAAAGCAUGGUUAGAAUUGCUGUAAGAACCAUAACUUUGAAUGUCUACAAAGUGGAUAACCAGGCCAUGCUGCACUAUAUCCGAGAUAAAACUGCUGUUCCUUACUUCUCCAAUUUGGUCUGGUUCAUCGGGAGCCACGUGAUCGAACUCGAUAACUGUGUGCAGACCGACGAGGAGCACCGGAAUCGGGGGAAACUGAGCGACCUGGUGGCCGAGCACCUGGACCACCUGCACUAUCUCAAUGACAUCCUGAUCAUCAACUGUGAGUUCCUCAAUGACGUGCUCACGGACCACCUGCUGAACAGGCUCUUUGUGCCCCUCUAUGUGUACUCACUGGAGAACCAGGACAAGGGAGGAGAACGCCCGAAAAUCAGCCUGCCGGUUUCUCUCUAUCUCCUGUCGCAGGUCUUCCUAAUUAUACAUCACGCACCCCUGGUGAACUCACUAGCGGAAGUCAUUCUGAACGGUGAUCUGUCUGAGAUGUAUGCUAAGAGCGAACAGGAUGUUCAGCGAAGUUGCGCCAAGCCCAGCAUUCGGUGCUUCAUUAAACCCACCGAGACGCUAGAGCGGUCCCUUGAGAUGAAUAAGCACAAGGGCAAGAGGCGGGUGCAAAAGAGACCCAACUACAAAAACGUUGGGGAGGAAGAAGAUGAGGAGAAGGGGCCCGCCGAGGACUCCCAGGAAGACGCUGAGAAGGCUAAAGGUACUGAGGGUGGUUCAAAAGGCACCAAGACGAGUGGGGACAGUGAAGAGAUAGAGAUGGUGAUCAUGGAGCGCAGCAAGCUCCCGGAGCUGGCGGCCAGCACGUCCGUGCAGGAACAGAACACCACGGACGAGGAGAAGAGCGCCGCCACGGGCUUGGAGAGCGUGCAGUGGAGCAGACCCUUCCUAGAUAUGGUGUACCACGCCCUGGACAGCCCGGAUGACGACUACCACGCACUGUUUGUGCUCUGCCUCCUCUAUGCCAUGUCUCAUAACAAAGGCAUGGAUCCUGAGAAACUAGAGCAAAUCCAGCUCCCGGUGCCCAGUGCGGCCGACAAGACCACCUACAACCAUCUCCUGGUCGAAAGACUCAUCAGGAUCAUGAACAACGCUGCCCAGCCAGAUGGGAAGAUCCGGUUGGCGACGCUGGAGCUGAGCUGCCUGCUCCUAAAGCAGCAAGUCGUGGCCAGCGCGGGCUGCAUCAUGAAGGACGUGCACCUGGCCUGCCUGGAGGGCGCCAGAGAAGAAAGCGUUCACUUGGUACGGCAUUUUUAUAAGGGAGAAGAAAUUUUUUUGGACAUGUUUGAAGACGAGUACAGGAGCAUGACAAUGAAGCCCAUGAACGUGGAGUACCUCAUGAUGGAUGCCUCUAUCCUGCUGCCCCCGACGGGCACGCCGCUGACCGGCAUCGACUUCGUGAAGCGGCUGCCGUGCGGCGACGUGGAGAAGACGCGGCGGGCCAUCCGGGUGUUCUUCAUGCUCCGUUCCCUGUCACUGCAGCUGCGAGGGGAGCCCGAGACCCAGUUGCCACUGACGCGGGAGGAGGACCUGAUCAAAACCGAUGACGUCCUAGAUCUGAACAACAGUGACCUGAUCGCGUGCACCGUGAUCACCAAGGAUGGCGGGAUGGUCCAGCGAUUCCUGGCUGUCGAUAUUUACCAGAUGAGCUUAGUGGAACCUGAUGUGUCCAGGCUUGGCUGGGGAGUGGUCAAGUUCGCAGGCCUGCUGCAGGACAUGCAGGUGACCGGCGUGGAGGACGACAGCCGCGCCCUGAACAUCACCAUCCACAAGCCUGCGUCCAGCCCCCACUCCAAGCCCUUCCCCAUCCUCCAGGCCACCUUCGUCUUCUCGGACCACAUCCGCUGCAUCAUCGCCAAGCAGCGCCUGGCCAAGGGCCGCAUCCAGGCGAGGCGCAUGAAGAUGCAGAGAAUAGCCGCCCUCCUGGACCUCCCGAUCCAGCCGACGACCGACGUCCUGGGGUUUAGACUCGGCUCCUCUUCCUCCCAGCACCUGCCUUUCCGCUUCUACGACCAGUGCCGCCGGGGCAGCAGCGACCCCACCGUGCAGCGCUCCGUGUUCGCGUCCGUGGACAAGGUGCCAGGCUUCGCCGUGGCCCAGUGCAUAAACCAGCACAGCUCGCCGUCCCUGUCCUCGCCACCGCCGUCUGCCAGCGGGAGCCCCAGCGGCAGCGGGAGCACCAGCCACUGUGACUCUGGAGGCGCCAGCUUGUCGUCCACCCCUUCCGCCAUCCAGAGCCCGGCAGGAGUGGCAGGAAAGGACGCCGGCGAGUGUUCAGCCUGUCGGAGGCCGACAGUCACGGCGGCCACUGGGUUUAGUGCUUCGAACGGCAGCGCUCACGGCAGCUCUCGCAGGCAAUUCAGGCAGGUCUCGCCCGUUAGCCUGCGCGGCCCGCGGCCUCGCCGGGCCUCCGGGGACCAGGGCUGUGAGCCCCCCUCCAAGCGGCCAUUUCCCCGGCUUCCCUUCGCCUUCCGGCCUCGCCUCCGCUGAGGACCGAACCCCCCGCCCUCCGACCCUCCCUCGAGAGCCCCGGCAGCCUGGAAACACUGCCCUUCUCUGGGACCGCCCAGCUGGUGGGGGUUCUCCAGCCCAGUCAUCACAGGGCCCCCUGGAUUUGGCCACCAAGGUCGAGCAGUAGAAUGUGCAAAAAGCGACCAAGAAUUCAAUUAGUUUCUUUUUUCUUUUCCUUUCUUACCUCCCUAACCCUAACCCUGACCCCCCCCCGGCCCCCCUCCCCCCCCCCCAGCUUUGCUCAAAGCUCAGCAGUAGAUUCAGUCCAGCCUCAGCCAGAGGCCAAAGCAGCUCCUUCGUGAGCACUGAUGGGUGGUGACUCCCUUGUCCCCGCUUCUUACACGCAGUCCUCCAGGUAGCUGCCGAUGCUGCUUGCUCCCUGGGGUCCACGGCUGCUCCCUCUCCCACCUUCCCAAAGUUUCUUUCAGGGUUUCCUACACGCACCUCAUGCUUGGCCGUGGUGCUUGCCAGCCAGGGGCCUUUUGCCUUCUUUUGCAUUUAAAAGCUGCUUUCUCUGAGCUCUGCCCUCGACCUGCUAUGCUCUGCUGCACAACCCCCUCCCCCACAACUCUCCCAGCCUGAGCACACAACCCCAAAGAUUUCCUGGAAACUGUCACUUGACAAGGGCCAGCUGAGCCCCUGCCCCGGAGCCGGGGAUCAGCUUCUGAGGGUGCUGGCCAGGGACGUGGGGACCCGCUGCCUUGGUGUCAGCUAAGGGCAGAGCCGUGGGAGGCCCAGCGUCUCUCACGGAAACCUGGACGUCCAGGACUUCUGCUCAGGCCUCCACGCUUCUCCCCGGCUCCUGGCCAGGAAACCAGAAUGUUCUCCGAAUCUUUCAUUUUCAGGGCCAGGCCCCCAGUUGUGGCCUUCGGGCUCAAAACCAGCAGGCCAGCAAAAGCAAGAGGUCAGCAGUAACCUUCGCAGCCCAACACUGGGCGAGAAAUAGGUCCCCGAGGGGUAAUUUUUCCCUGGUGAGAAAGUUCUCACUUUUCAUCCCCCUUGGAUGGAUAUAUUUGUAGAUCACAUUCAGAAAACAGUUCCUAGUUUAAAAAAAAAAAAAAAAAAAAAAAAGAGUUGUGGGCGAUGGGCGAAAGGUUAUUUUUUCCCAUAAAAAAUUGAAAACGGCUACUUUUGAGGGAAAAAACACCCGACCCUCUUAAUAAAACUGUUGGUUCUUUUCUUGAAGAAACCAGUUUUGUGCGUGUGCUAUCGUAUUGUUAGUUGGUUGGUUGGUUUUUUAAUACAUUUGGUGGCAAUUUCCCGUGUCCUUGAUUAUUCUCAUCACCAAAAACCCCGCUAGGGAUCAGGGAAAGAGAUUUGCCAGCUUUUUUGAGUAUCUGCAUGCAAAUGCAGACUCUUACAUAGAAGUUGGGAGAAGAGUGAAGGAAAUACCCCACAGCUCAGUCUCCAGACGGCACAAAAGUGCCAUUUGGAGAAUUAGUCCUCUCUUAACUGCCUUGUCAGCAGCUAAGCUCACAUGUGGAUCCGGACAUGGGCCCGUAGUCCUGCUCCCCGCUUCUGGAAGCGUGGUGGAAGCCUGCCAGAGCAGGUGAGCCCCGGAAGGGACCCGUAGGCUCUGACCAGCACCCGGGAGCCUGCGCCUCGCAGGCAGGCGGCCCAUGCCACAAGGGUCCUGGCCAAAUGGAGCAAAUUCACGGAGAUUCGGAGAAACCAGAAUGCGCGUGGAGUGUUGACUCAGCAUUUCUGGGCUCAGCUCGCACCCUGAAUCACGUUUUCCACUGGUGCUCACAGCCACCUCUGUGACCCAGCACAGAGCAAGGACAGACCCCAAGCCCUAUGCGGUGGUUUUCUCUGGGCCUUAUUUCUCUUAAAAGAAAAAAUCAAAAUAAUAAUAAUAAUAACAAUAAAAAGAAAGAAAACCAAAGGCUUUAGGAAGGAAUAAACAGGCAUCUUUGAGAGCUUGUCUUGCCCAGGAGCCUUGGGGAAACGAAUUGUCCGUAUUCUUUGGGACACUCAGUCUGUUGCUUGUGCUUUCUCUCCACGAUGGGGAGCCUCCUCCUCUCCUGCAUCCCAUUCUAUACACCCUUCGGUUUUAUUUUGCUCUUGGUUUUCCCAUUCUUUUGCUGUAUGUUCAGUUUGCAGUUCUGUUUUGUUUUGGCUUGCCUUAAAAAAAAAAAAAACAAAACCAAAAAACUGGAAUCCCAUUGAACAAACUGUGUCGAGCAUCCUUCCCAGGGCCCAGAGGGCCUCAGGGCUCAGCACCCUGCCAUCAGCAUCUUCUGCUGAUGGCUUGUUGACCCCGAGAUCUGUACAAAUGCGAUGUUUGCUUUCCAAGCGAGAUGCCCACAGCUUUCUUGCCGACACUCCUGGAAGCCGGGAAGGUGUUUUCCGCUGUGAGCCCCCAGCCCAGCCCCAGCCACCACCGUUCCCGUCCAGGCACACUCGUCAUUGGAAAGCAAAGCGACCGUUUGUUUAUAAUCUAAUCAAUGACUUUGAAAAGCACCAAAAACAAAGAAAUUGCCACUCCAAAAAUAACUGCUGGGCGGAGCCUCCCCUGCCCUUCUCCUGCCUGGUCUCUCUCCAUGACCCCUAUAGAGACAGUUAGGGUAGGAGUGGCCCCCGGGGCAGUAACAGCCCCUUUCUGACUGCUAACUCAGCUCUCCGAGAAGGAGCAGUCUGAGGUUUUGGUUUGGUUUUGCAAGCUGAAAAGUUCUAGAGAGUUCCCUUUUUUUUUUUUUUUUUUUUUUUUUUAAACACUGCAGCGAGUCCCCUCUUGGGUAAACGUCACCAGGUGUAAGCUCUGGAAAUGGCCUGAAGUGAUAAGCACAUCCAAGCCCAUCUCCUCCCCGAACAUGUAUUCAUCGUCAGGCAGGGGCUCCAAGACUCUCCCUGACGGAGAUCCUGCCUGGGCCGUUUCCCGGCUCCAUAAUCCACUCGUCGAUUCUGCACGAGCCCCUAAUUUUUCUCUCACCUCACAAGUCAGAGGAACCCUGGGCCCCGACAGAUUUCUCCCCAGGCCUAGGUCAGACUGGAGCUUCCAGCUCCUGUGUCCCCAGACGGAGGAAGUGGAGACAAGCCGUUCCCCCCCACACCACCGUCUCCCACCCGGCUUUCCCCGGGCCUUUGUUCAGGACGGGACAGAGGGUGCCCGCGUGAGCAGAGUAUCUUGGAACUCAGUACCCCUGUUCUCUCUCCCCCACCCC